AUUAUUCGUCUGAGUUUUGGUCUGAUUUAAUGUAAUUUGUGAUUCAUCUUGAGAAACUUUUUUUAAAUUCAAAGUGACAUCAUAACCUCUGAAAAAUGUUUAAUAACUUAUUUGGAAAAGCUCCGACUUUAAAGGAACAACAGCGUGAAAAUGAUAGGAAUCUAAGAAAAGCAACCAGAGAUAUUGAACGUGAACGUCGGAAAUUAGAAGAGGAGGAGAAAAAAUUAGAGCAAGAAAUACGGAAAAACGCCGCCCAAGGCAACAGUGAUGUAUGUCGGAUACUUGCAAAGCAAUUAGUUGAAAUACGUAAGCAAAAAGCACGAACAUUCGCAGCCAACAGCAAAAUAACUUCGAUUGGCUACCAGAAUAAAACAAUUGGUACUAAUGUGGCUUUAAGUAAUGCAAUGGGCACAACAGCUAAAACUAUGGCCGAAAUGAAUAAAGUCUUGAGACCGGAAGGCAUAGCUGCGAAUGUUAGAGACUUUCAACAGGCCAAUAUGAAAAUGGAAAUGACUGAUGAAAUGAUUAAUGAUACAUUGGAUGAAAUGCUUAAUGAUUCCGAUGACGAACAAGAAACUAAUGCUGUAGUCAACAAAGUCUUAGAUGAAAUUGGCAUCGAAAUUUCGGGUAAAAUGGCUAAUAUACCGGCUGCCGGUUCAAGUGAUUUAGAAGUGAAAGAUAUACGAACUGAUAAAGACAUAGCAGAACAAUUAGCUAAAUUAAGAUCAACGUAAGAAUAUGUAUUAU